UCUGUCUAUGAUUAUGUGCCUAGUACUUCCUUCCCUAAUUACCCAAGGUAUAUACUACUUUAGUACUUACUCACUUACACACACCAGGACAGAGAGAAAGAAACACCACCUCUAAACAGAUCCGCUUCAAUAUGGGUACAAUUGGUAUAUACAGGCAGGUCAGGUCAGGUCAGGUCAGGUAUCUCGCAUCAAUCAUCAUCUCACGCCCUCCCAUCCACCCUCUUACUUACUUACCCACCUUCCUACCUACCUGCCGACCCACCCUAGAUAUUUCACCACAACACGCACACACACACACACACACCAUACACACACACCCCACCACCACCAUACAUAACACCAUAUCACAUCGCAUCACAUCACAUCACAUGACAUCUCAUCUCACCAUAGCCAGUCACAGCCACUCACUAACCUAGUGAGUACGUGACCUCUCAUGCUCAUCAUGAAAUGGAUCAUAUCAUGCAAGCACAACC